UGAAUUCCAGUUGGAGCUUGCAGGAAUGGCAGGGUUGAUGCGGAGCAUGCGGUAUGGCUGAUGGGGAGAUUGGAGGAGGGUGGGAGUCUGGAGCUGGCUGAUCUGGAGCUACUGCAAGUGAACAAGAAUUUGAAGUAAAAGACUAACACGAAUAAUUUUUAGGCUGAUAAAUUAUCUGAGCAACAAAUUGCUGAAUUCAAGGAAGCUUUCUCUUUAUUUGAUAAAGACAGUGAUGGGAAAAUCACCACCAAGGAAUUAGGUACUGUGAUGAGAUCAUUAGGUCAAAACCCUUCUGAAAGUGAAUUGACCGAUAUGAUCAACGAAGUCGAUACCAAUAGCGAUGGUUCAAUUGAUUUCCCAGAAUUCUUAACCAUGAUGGCCAGAAAAAUGAAGGACACUGAUUCUGAAGCUGAAAUUGCUGAAGCUUUCAAAGUUUUCGACAGAAAUGGUGAUGGUAAAAUCUCUGCCGCUGAAUUAAGACAUGUUUUAACUUCAAUUGGUGAAAAAUUAUCUGACGCUGACGUUGAUCAAAUGAUCAAAGAAGCUGAUACUAAUAAUGAUGGUGAAAUUGAUAUCCAAGAAUUCACCCAAUUAUUGGCUGCUAAAUAAGUUCUUUCAGUUAAAGUCAUUCGCCAACCCGCGUCGUUUUUCUUCCUGGUUGAUCUUCUACCGUUAUACCCUAGUUGAUUAUAUACUCUGUUUUUUUUUUAAUUCUUUUUUUUUCGUUCUUUAUCUUACGAGUCUCUUUUAUUUAAUGUUCGAUCUUACGUUGUCUUUACGUGGUUUAUGAGUUCGUUCAUUUUACCAAUCAAUGUCUAAUGUAUCUCUUUUGAAUACUCUUUUUUUGUUUACAAUUGUAGCUCUGAAUAUUUUGAAGAAUCUUGAAAUUUAUUUCGGCUCCCACGGC